AUGAAGUUCACCUCCAGCUCCAGCCUCCUGGCUGUCCUCGCGACUACUAUCUCUUCCUCAAAGGCAUCUCCCUCCAAUGGCAAUGGCUGGGGUUGGCCAUCUCCCGGGGGUCAGCCUUGGGGCCAGCCUUGGGUCCAGUCUUGGUGGAAGCAGCCGGAGUCGCAGCCCGACAAGGGUACGGCCCUUACUCACUGGCCGAAGCAGGCCGCCGAAAGCCUGAACGCCAUGAUCCGUGCCAAUGCUCACCAGGGCAACUACGCUGUGUUCGACAUGGACAACACGUCGUACCGCUUCGACCUCGAGGAAUCGCUGCUGCCGUUCCUUGAGAACCGUGGCAUCAUCACCCGCGAGACGCUCGAUCCGUCUCUCCGCCUGAUCCCGUUCAAGGAUACACCUUCGCACAAUGAGACGCUCUUCAGCUACUACUACCGCCUCUGCGAAGUUGACGACCUCAUCUGCUACCCCUGGGUCGCCCAGGUCUUCUCAGGCUUGACGCUGCGUGCCCUCAAAGGCUACGUCGACCAGCUCAUGGCCCACAACGGUACCAUUCCCGCCACCUACUUCGAGGGCGACGUCGUGACACCCAUUGCCAUCAACCCGCCCAAGCUCUACCGUGGCCAGCAGGAGCUCUUCAACCGCCUGAUGGAGAACGGCAUUGACGUCUACAUCGUGACGGCAGCCUCUGAGGAGCUCGUUCGCAUGGUCGCCUCGGACCCCAAGUAUGGCUACAACGUGCCCGCCAAGAACGUCAUUGGUGUCACCAUGCUUCUCGCCAACCCUGCGAACCCCUCGAGCCCGACCACGGCCCGCAAGCAGAUCGAAGCCGGAACUUAUGACGAGAAGGCCAACCUUGACUUCACUUUGACCCCUUAUCUGUGGACACCCCUGACCUGGAUGGCGGGCAAGCACGCUGCCAUCCUGACGUACAUCAGCCAGUGGAAGAAGCCCGUACUGGUUGGCGGCGACACGCCUACCAGCGACGGCUACAUGCUCUUCCACGACGUCGACGUCUGGAAGGGCGGCGUUCGCGUGUGGGUCGAUCGCAAGGCGAGCUACCGCACCCAGAUUGACGGCAUGAUCAAGGACAACGCCGACCAGCAGAGGAAGCUUGGUCUCCCCGUCACCGCUGACCAGAACUGGAUCAAGGUGAAGCCCGAGGAGAUUCUGUAA